UUCCUUUCCAGAAACCUUGGAUGCAGGGGACAACUCCCCCUCUUCCUUCUCCACGCAACAGUCCCCGCACGUCAAGACGGUCAGCGAGAGCGAGCUGAGCACCACGGCCACAGAGCUGCUCCAGGACUACAUGAUGACGCUCCGAACGAAACUCUCUUCCCAAGAGAUCCAGCAGUUCGCCAUGCUCCUGCACGAGUACCGCAACGGCGCUUCCAUCCACGAAUUCUGCAUCAACUUGAAGCAGCUCUACGGGGACAGCAGGAAGUUCCUGCUCUUGGGUCUUCGCCCCUUCAUCCCGGAAAAGGACAGCCAGCACUUCGAGAACUUCCUGGAGACCAUCGGCGUGAAGGACGGCCGCGGCAUCAUCACCGACAGCUUCGGGAGGUACAGGCGGACGCUGAGCACCACCUCCACCUCCACCACCAACGGCAACGGCGCCGCCGGCAGCUCGGACGAGCAAUCCGUCCCGUCGGAGGAGGACGAGUGGGAUCGGAUGAUCUCGCACAUCAGCAACGACAUCGAGGCGCUGGGCUGCAGCAUGGACCGCGAUUCCUCCUGA